AAGGUCUGUCCAAGCAUUGAAGAGAAAGAUUGUGGAAGAGAGAUCCUGAGGUUCUAAUGUGAAGGAACAGAAUUAAAAUCAACAUAAGGUAGGUUGAUUUGAGUAUUUGGGAUUUUUGUGUCCACCACGCCAAAUUUGGGAUUUUUUUUCUGUUUUAGGGUUUAUAAAUGAAGAGGAGUGGUGGGUCGAAGAGUGUUCCGUCGUCAUCUUCCGCUUCUGCGCAUGUCGGAUCUUCUCAGUUUGGAAGAAAAGUUUGUGGUUGUGGCGACCAAUUACUGCUUCUUAAAGCAACUACUGCAAAGAAUAAUGGCAGAUUUUUCUUCCGGUGUCGAAAUUGGGCAAGUGAAUCAAAUUGUAACUACUUUCGAUGGGCUGAUGCGAUGGAAGCUGAAUUGGAAGGGAAGCGUGAGAUUGAAGAAGGAGAGAAUGAAAAUUUAAGUUACAGUGACACAAUGAUACUACAGUUGGUGCAAAAGAAUGCGAAACUAAAGAAGAAGUUAUUGGCAGAGAGAAAAUUGGGAGAAAUAAAGCUGUUUUUUUUUAUUUUGUCUUGGGCUUUUACUGUCAUACUUUGUGUUUUAUUUCUGUUGAAGUCAAAUUGUAAGGAUUAAGUUGUUAAGCAG